CUGUUCUCUCUCACCUGCUCUCAAUCUACUGUGUGGGAUUCUCUACAGUUUGGGAGACAGUCUGUGGAUACAGUAUCCAGUGAAAGGAGCCAGUAGAGGAGUCAUAGGAACCAGAUUACAAACGGACGACUAUGUCAAAAGAGGGGGACAGAGCAUCAGUGUUCAAGGCCACUAAGGUUCGGACCAAGCUGAAGGGAGAUGCCAGCUGGAUGCAGAGAUGCAGUGAACCCCAGUCUGAAGCAGAGGAGGAGAAACCAUGGAUGGCAGAAGUUAGAGUGAAUCGUCUGAAUGGAGCCCCUAUAGACACCAGCCCAGUGCAAUCCCCCACCUCCAAGUCCCCUCCCUCCCCCACCAGACCUGCAGAAGACAGAGCACCAUCUGCAGGAUACCUUAUCAGAGGGAUUUUCACCAAGACAGACACCAAGUCUGCUGCCAUCUCAUCUACAUCCAAUGGCUUCAGUGGGUCACCAUCCAGCUUCACCAAGAGGCCUUCAGAGAGCUACAAGAGAAUAGCUCCUCACACAGUGCGUCGCACCUCAAACCUCCCAGUUCAAACUGAGGACCAGCUUUCCCCAAAGGAGAAGGAGAAACGGGAGGAAGCAGCCAUGAACGUGCUCAGGACCUCUUCAGUCCGACAACGCUCCUACGUCCUCUCAGCCGCCAACAAAUAUGAUUCUACAGAGAAACCACCAGAAACCUCCCCGACCACAGAUGUUCCAUAUUUUGUGGCUAAAAGGGUGGUGAUCACAGACAAUGAUGACUCUGUCUUCACUGAGACUCUCUCUGUCCCCGAAGAACCAGCUGCACCAUCUGUGAAAGACGUCCCUCCUGUAUGUGUGAAAGAUGUCUCUCCUGUAUGUGUGAAAGAUGUCUCUCCUGUAUCUGUGAAAGAUGUCUCUCCUGUAUGUGUGAAAGAUGUCUCUCCUGUAUCUGUGAAAGAUGUCUCUCCUGUAUCUGUGAAAGAUGUCUCUCCUGUAUCUGUGAAAGAUGUCUCUCCUGUAUCUGUGAAAGAUGUCGCUCCUGUAUCUGUGAAAGAUGUCUCUCCUGUAUCUGUGAAAGAUGUCUCUCCUGUAUCUGUGAAAGAUGUCUCUCCUGUAUCGGUGAAAGAUGUCUCUCCUGUAUCUGUGAAAGAUGUCUCUCCUGUAUCUGUGAAAGAUGUCUCUCCUGUAUCUGUGAAAGAUGUCUCUCCUGUAUGUGUGAAAGAUGUCUCUCCUGUAUCUGUGAAAGAUGUCUCUCCUGUAUCUGUGAAAGAUGUCUCUCCUGUAUCUGUGAAAGAUGUCUCUCCUGUAUCUGUGAAAGAUGUCGCUCCUGUAUCUGUGAAAGCUGCCUCUCCUGUAUGUGUGAAAGAUGCCCCUGCUGUAUCUGUGAAAGAUGUCUCUCCUGUAUCUGUGAAAGAUGUCUCUCCUGUAUCUGUGAAAGAUGUCUCUCCUGUAUCUGUGAAAGAUGUCUCUCCUGUAUCUGUGAAAGAUGUCGCUCCUGUAUCUGUGAAAGAUAUCUCUCCUGUAUCUGUGAAAGAUGUCUCUCCUGUAUCUGUGAAAGAUGUCUCUCCUGUAUCUGUGAAAGAUGUCGCUCCUGUAUCUGUGAAAGAUGUCGCUCCUGUAUCUGUGAAAGAUGUCUCUCCUGUAUCUGUGAAAGAUGUCUCUCCUGUAUCUGUGAAAGAUGUCGCUCCUGUAUAUGUGAAAGAUGUCUCUCCUGUAUCUGUGAAAGCUGCCUCUCCUGUAUCUGUGAAAGCUGCCUCUCCUGUAUCUGUGAAAGAUGUCGCUCCUGUAUCUGUGAAAGAUGUCGCUCCUGUAUCUGUGAAAGAUGUCGCUCCUGUAUCUGUGAAAGAUGUCUCUCCUGUAUCUGUGAAAGAUGUCUCUCCUGUAUCUGUGAAAGAUGUCUCUCCUGUAUCUGUGAAAGAUGUCUCUCCUGUAUCUGUGAAAGAUGUCGCUCCUGUAUCUGUGAAAGAUGUCUCUCCUGUAUCUGUGAAAGAUGUCUCUCCUGUAUCUGUGAAAGCUGCCUCUCCUGUAUCUGUGAAAGAUGUCGCUCCUGUAUCUGUGAAAGAUGUCGCUCCUGUAUCUGUGAAAGAUGUCUCUCCUGUAUCUGUGAAAGAUGUCUCUCCUGUAUCUGUGAAAGAUGUCUCUCCUGUAUCUGUGAAAGAUGUCUCUCCUGUAUCUGUGAAAGCUGCCUCUCCUGUAUCUGUGAAAGAUGUCGCUCCUGUGAAAGAUGUCUCUCCUGUAUCUGUGAAAGAUGUCUCUCCUGUAUCUGUGAAAGAUGUCUCUCCUGUAUCUGUGAAAGAUGUCUCUCCUGUAUCUGUGAAAGAUGUCUCUCCUGUAUCUGUGAAAGAUGUCUCUCCUGUAACUGUGAAAUAUGUCUCUCCUGUGUCUGUGACAGAUGUCUCUCCUGUAUCUGUGAAAGAUGUCUCUCCUGUGUCUGUGAAAGAUGUCUCUCCUGUAUCUGUGAAAGAUGUCUCUCCUGUAUCUGUGAAAGAUGUCUCUCCUGUGUCUGUGAAAGAUGUCUCUCCUGUGUCUGUGAAAGAUGUCUCUCCUGUGUCUCUGUGA